GGGUUUUCCCGCGUUUCGUCUGGGCGACUUAUUUGCGCGCCGGACCUGAACUCGAUGGAUGGCGGAGAGCUUCUCGUUGGCGAGCUUUCUGCAGGCGGCGCGGCCCGACUGGAAGGAUUCGCAGCUGGCUGCGGUGGAAGAGAAGUUGGAGAAGGUGGGGGUGACGGACGUCCUCGAAUUGGUGCGCUCGCUUAGAGGUCGAUCCGACCAGCGGCUGAACAACCGGCUGAAGGCGGUGGGCGAGAAGUGCUUCACCUCGGAAACGCUGAGCGCGUUAAGACGUCAGGUCAGGGCGGAGCCCACGUUACGGGGCGCCGAGAAGCGGGCGGCCAAUGCCAGGCUGCUGGCUGCGAGCUCCGCGGAGUUCGACGACGAUGACGACGAGAACGAGGACGCCGAGGCGGCGCCGCUGCUGGCGGCGCCCCGGUGGAAUCCGGCGGCGGCCGCACAUGCGAGGCGUGAGGCGGCGAAGGUUGAGGCCUGUGCCGCAGGACCUUCGGCGCCGCUGCCCACGUCCAAAGCUGACAUGGUGGAGGAGUUGGAGAAGCUGGGCCUCGAGGCUUCCGCCGCGCCGGCGCACGCGCUGCGCGCGGCGCUGCAGGAGGUGCGGCGCCUGCGAGCGCUGCCGGCGCCGGAGCUGCAGGCGGCGGCGGAGGCGCAGGGACUUCAGGGUGCCAGCGAGGAGCUCCUGAGGCAGAUGCUGGAGACCUCCUUCCCCGACCUGCGGCGGGAGGUGUCCCCUGAGGAGGAGUGCAGCUUCCAGAUCCUCACUCCGAGCCCAGAGCCUUUGUCGCUGUCCACGCUCUUCCUGAACUCCGAGGCGGAUUUGCUGAUGCAAUGCAAAGCCCGAAACCUGCGCGUGGAGGGCAUGGAGUCAAGGGGCAAGGGCUUUCUGGCAGUGCUCCUGAAGAUGGAGAGCCGCAGGGAGUACCUGCAGAGUGUGAGAGAGGCUCCGCUCAGCCCCCCGGCGCCGGGCGUCGCUUCCGGCGCGCUGGUUUGAGCUGGGCGCGCGCGGCGCGCGCGCCUGGGGUUUUAAAGUUAGCUAGGUGAAAGCGGAUGGCGCGAUCUGUUACCCGCGCGGGUGCGCCUCCAAAUGGCCGGCUUCUGC